AUGGGUUGCCGAGGUCUCUGGAAUCUACAUUUUAACGGUCGUUGGUAUCGCUGCUGCCACCCACGAGGGUGUAUCUCGGAGCCCGAUCACCCCGUUACGCUGAAGAAGAUCAAGCAGCUAUGCGAGCAUCCGGGAGUACUGGAUACGUGGGAGGAAGUUCCAUUCCCCGCUCCGCUACAUUCGAAUCUCGACUGGGUCUACACCAUCCACCUGGACGCCGGCACAUGGGCGAUUACCUUCUGGGAUGAGGCCGAGGGGGGUCUGCUUCCCAAAACCGUCUGCCUUGAUUUGCUCUCAGCGUGUCAGGCCUCGAGCUUAUCUAGGACCGAUCUGCGCCAGCUGCCAUCGCAUUUCCCAACAUGGACUCCCGAGAUCGCUACCGACGAUGGAUCUGUGCAGCUUGCUGCGGAGCCAUUGCGUCUCACGCUGGGCUUUCCGACACCCUUGAACGAACUUCAGGCCCGGCUCUUCAUUGAUUUCCUCUUCCCAUGGCGCUACUAUAUCGAUGACCCAAUGACCUGGUAUUAUGGUUCGCCGGUGUUUAAGCGCUUUUGUAUUGCGAUUCUACGUCUCGCAGCCUGGGAUUUUGAAUUGUCGUAUGACGCCGACGUCGAACUUCCAAUUUCUUACAACUCUGUGCCGUCUUGGAACUGCCCUAAAGACAACGUCUAUUGGUUCCAUGGAUUUUUGGUCGUUCUGCAUGACGAUUUGAGAAGCCAGGCCAUGAUCAUCUCUGCUGUAUGGAAGGCUCAGCAGUACGUUGGACAUCCGACAGUUUCGGGUCGUGGUGUCCGCUUGAUCAUGAUGUCACCAUACCACAUCGCCUUCGCAGACUUAUCCAACGGCUUUGUAACCUCCACAAGAAGCAUCGUGCUGCUGUCGAACUCAUCGGCUAUGCAGUGUUCGCCUGGCUUUCGCGCCCUUGGUCGAAUUCUGACAUCGGACUGCUGGAAGCACUGGACAACCAACCGGGAGACCUGGAAGUACCCCAUGCCUGCAGAAAUAAUUCAGCAUGUUCUGCAGAAGUUGGAGCCCCGCGAUGCAGUAGCAUUGUCACAAGCAUCGUUCACAGCGGAAGAGUGCUAUUAUGCCCGCAUACCCCAGUUCCCUGGAAUGACUGUGCGAAGCUUUCCACUGCUCAUUCCAUGCUGUGGUAGACGCAGUGGGCUUGAGGAGUGCGGCAUUAUGUGCUCAGCCUGCUACUCCUGGCAACACGGUACUUGUGUCGAGCUUCCCGAUGGAAGCGAUAGUGAUACGCAUACCUUCGGCGGCCUUCAGAGGUUCAGCCGUCAUAUACGAAGACAAGGCUGCCAGGUCCGGCUCGAUGAUACUGCCAAAUUGCUCCAGUCACGGCUUCUGAAACCAGCGCAUCUACGGCCUGAGCUGCGUUUCCGACGUGAUCUCUCUCGGGUACCCCCAGAGGGGAUAAACUAUACGAUACGCUUCAAUGGCUGUUUUUCCGGGCUAGCCUAUGGCUUGGACGAUGAAUACUGA